AUGUUCUCAGAAAAGUCUUCCGAGCUUAGUAUAUCGGGCCAUUACGGUGACCUUCAAACCGAGCUGACAGAAGACGUUUAUCCCGACCGCUUAAAAGUCGUCUGCGUUCAAGGAAGUCGUAGCCAUAUUAUGCUUUCAUCAAGUCGUUCUUGUAGAGGUGAACGUAAUACCUGCAUCAUGAGUGUGGGUCGUAUCUUUGCAACUCUGCCUCACCAUCCUGUACGUUUGCAUGAUAUGAUGCAGCGCCAAGCAAAGUUAAUUUCUUCAACAAUGUCCGAGUUUCUUCGCUCUUCAGAAGAAAUUGCACGCUAUUAA